GCCUCAUUGGUUCAUUUAUUUCCCCUUCUUCGUCCUCUUCUCUUUCUCAAAAAAAAAAAAAAAGCACGAUUUUUUUUCUCCAUUUCCGCAACAGGACUAUGGGAAGCUCCGGAUUUUCGUGGAAAUUAGCGGAUCACCCGAAGCUGCCGAAGGGGAAGCCGAUCGCCCUCGUGGUUUUGGACGGAUGGGGCGAGGCGAAUCCCGACAAGUAUAACUGCAUCCAUGUCGCAGAGACGCCGACGAUGGAUUCGCUUAAAAAGGGUGCACCGGAGAAGUGGAGGCUAGUAAAGGCUCAUGGAGGAGCAGUCGGCCUUCCCAGUGAGGAUGACAUGGGUAACAGUGAAGUAGGUCACAACGCACUUGGUGCCGGACGAAUUUUUGCUCAAGGGGCUAAGCUGGUGGAUCUUGCACUUGCUUCUGGAAAAAUAUACGAGGGAGAAGGCUUUAAGUACAUUAAGGAAUGUUUUGACCAAGGCACUUUGCAUCUGAUUGGGUUAUUGAGUGAUGGAGGUGUCCACUCUCGGCUUGACCAACUCCAGUUGCUUCUGAAAGGUGCAAGUGAGAAGGGCGCCAAAAGAAUCCGUGUCCAUAUUCUUACUGAUGGCCGUGAUGUGUUGGAUGGAUCAAGCGUUGGCUUUGUAGAGACCCUAGAGAAGGAUCUUGUGGCGCUACGUGAGAAAGGUGUUGAUGCACGAAUUGCUUCUGGUGGUGGUCGGAUGUAUGUCACCAUGGAUCGCUAUGAGAAUGAUUGGGGUGUUGUGAAACGUGGUUGGGAUGCUCAGGUCCUUGGUGAAGCACCUUACAAAUUCCAGAGUGCGGUUGAAGCCGUGAAAAAGCUCAGGGCGGAACCCAAAGCCAGUGAUCAAUAUCUGCCCCCAUUCGUUAUAGUUGACGAGAGUGGCAAUGCUGUGGGACCCAUAGUUGAUGGUGAUGCAGUUGUGACAUUCAACUUCAGAGCUGAUCGGAUGGUCAUGAUCGCCAAAGCAUUGGAAUAUGAAGAUUUCGACAAAUUCGAUCGUGUUCGCUUCCCGAAGAUUCGGUAUGCUGGAAUGCUUCAGUAUGAUGGUGAGCUGAAGCUCCCAAACCGCUAUCUUGUCUCCCCUCCAGAGAUAGAGAGGACAUCUGGUGAAUACUUGGUGCACAAUGGUAUCCGCACUUUUGCUUGCAGUGAAACUGUCAAAUUUGGCCAUGUCACCUUCUUCUGGAAUGGAAACCGGUCCGGGUACUUUGAUGCGACUAAGGAAGAGUAUGUUGAAAUUCCUAGCGACAGUGGAAUUACGUUCAAUGUCAAACCCAAGAUGAAGGCCUUGGAAAUCGCCGAGAAGGCUAGGGAUGCCAUCCUCAGUGGCAAGUAUGACCAGGUUCGCGUUAACCUACCUAAUGGAGAUAUGGUGGGGCAUACUGGUGAUAUUGACGCUACUGUUGUGGCUUGUAAGGCUGCCGAUGAUGCUGUUAAGAUGAUUCUGGAUGCCGUAGAGCAAGUUGGUGGGAUAUAUCUUGUCACAGCAGAUCAUGGAAAUGCCGAGGACAUGGUUAAACGGAACAAAUCUGGCCAACCUCUCCUAGACAAAAGUGGGAACAUUCAAAUUCUUACUUCGCAUACUCUUCAACCGGUGCCAGUUGCCAUAGGAGGUCCAGGCCUCCACCCUGGAGUCAGAUUCCGCAAUGACGUACCCACGGGCGGCCUCGCUAAUGUUGCUGCGACCGUCAUGAAUCUCCAUGGCUUUGAGGCCCCCAGCGACUACGAGACGACCCUCAUCGAAGUAGUCGACACUCAGCAGUAGUCUUCUUUUUUUUUUUGUUUUCCCCACUGCUAGACUAAUGUUUUCUUGAGCUGAGACAGUUUUAUGUCCUGCCCCUGAGAGUUAAAGAGGCAGGAGCAUUAAAUAAAAGCACUAUUAUUUUUUUUGGUAAAGACGAAUUGCUCGUGGUUACGAGCACAAGUAAACAAUCCAAGUCACCGGUUACCAAACCUGCGACUCGAUGUUUUAUUUUUGUCGGGGGAUUUCGCCCUCUUGUAACAGAAACUGAAAAUAACUGUAACUCUGUUCUGUUAUUAGCUGAUUAAUAUGCAACUUUGAUAGUGCAUUGGUGUGAUCAAAA